AUGUCAGCCAAAGGCAGCGGGAAGAAGGCGCAACCACCGGCCUCGGCCUCGGUGUCGCCCUCUCGCCGCGCCGAUCCCCCCAAGCGCGUCAUCGACCUGUCGCUGGAGGACGACGACGACGAUGCCGUCGAGCAGCGUCCUCGCCGCACAACGGCGAGCAAGCCCGUCAAGCGCGCAGCUCCGGCCCUUAUUCCCGGGGCCGUCGUCCUGUCGCCGGCGACAGAGGCGACCGUCCUCAAGCCCUUGCAUUUUGACCCAGUGGACGCCGUGGUGAACAACCACUGGGUGUACAUGUUUUACCGUUUCUGCUCCGAACGGCACGAUAUGUACGACCGCCGGCAGGCCGGUGUGCCGCGUGAGAAGUUGAGCGCGGACUACACGAUGACCAACACGCACAUCGGCAACGUAUACCGGCAGCUCGACGCUGGGUCUCUUCAUAUGAAGAGCCAAACGAUCGCCAACGGAGAUCAGAGCGCCGAGGAGGUCGUCUUCCGCGUCCUGCUUUAUUGUGCCUUCUAUAACAAGGAGACUUGGGCCGCUCUGUGCGGCGCCGCCACUGGAGACGUGCCGUCCUGGAAGACUUUCAAGGAGGACCUUCCGUCCAUGGACGCCGCGCUGCACUACCUCAGUGUCGUACAGAAGCGCGGAAUCUACCUCGGCGGCUUCCAGCUCGUCCCACCGACAAUCUACUUUUGCGAUGACCGCAACAAAUCGAAGUCGGUCCCGAACUACUGGGCGAGCCUGCGUCUCGUCCAGGCCAUCAUGGACGCCGGGCUGGCGGCGCAACUCGCAAAGUGCAAGUACGCAAUCGACGCGAGCUACGUCCUGCAGACAAUCCCGACCCUCGGUGGUUUCCUGUCGCUGAAUAUCCUCUGUUUCCUUAACGACACGCAGCACUUCACCUGGCUUUACCGCGACUUCGCCACCUGCGGCCCUGGGUCGCGCAAGUUCCUUCAACGCAUGUUCGGCGAGGAGACGAUCAACAACGCGGCGAUGGAGGCCGCCGGACUGCAAUGGCUGUACGACCAUCAAUGGCGGUACUAUGCCCGCCUCGGUAUGGAUCCUCCCCACGAGUGGGAGUCCGGCCUCCGCCCCGGCAUGCGCGUCCUCGACAUUGAGAACGCGCUGUGCUGGGCGCACCGCUACGUUGCAGCCUACGAGAAGAGCGGGAAGCCCAGUAUUGCGAACGAGCCGACGCCAUCGUUCGACCCCAUCGUGGACAUAGAGACGUCGGCACCGGCGUGGUGUGCCCUCGAGGCCCAUGUCCGGAGCUCGAGCCAACCUCUCUGGAUCGACGCCGAACUGGACACGCGCCUGGCGUCUCUCGGUGACGAGGUCUACGAGGUCGAGCGCGUCGUUGCACGAGACAAAAGCCGAUACCGCGUGCGCUGGCUGGGAUACCCGCCCGAAGACGACACGUGGGAGCCGGAGCGGUCGCUCAAGGAGGACGCGGCCGAGGCCCUCGAAGAGUGGAAGUCGUGGGAGGCGCGGGUUUCGGCCGCUAUCCAGAGCAUAAAGGAGGCGCGGCAGGGGGAGCGCAAGAGCGAUGAUGACGACGACAAGCCAACACCGAGCUCGUCGCGUGCUCUCCCUAAGAGGGAAGCGGACGAGCCCAAGGCAACGGGCCGGCCGAGCUCAAAGCGCAAAACCGACGUGACCACCGUCAAAUCCGACGCCGAGCCCAAGGCAAAGCGGCGCAAAGCGAGCCCGGUGCCCGCCAAGCCCACCACACCCAUCACGCGACCUCGGCGUGCGAAGGCUGUUGCUAUCGUUUCGGGUAGUAAACACCAUCCCAUCAAAAUAGAGUAG